AUGCGCCCCCUCCUCCAGCCCUACCUUCUCCUCCAUAUCCUCCCUCUCCUCCCGCUCACCCACAGCACCGACCCCAACACCGACAUCCUCACCCACAUCGACCCCCUCAUUGGCACCACCAACGGCGGCAAUGUCUUCGCCGGUGCGACCCUCCCCUACGGCAUGGCCAAAGCCGUCGCCGACGUAGACGGCCAAAACACCGCCGGCUUCUCCUCCGACAACAGCAACAUCACCGGCUUCUCCGCCCUGCACGACUCCGGCACCGGCGGGAAUCCCUCCCUCGGCAACUUCCCUUUAUUCCCUCAAUACUGCGCCGACGAUCUCCUCGACAACUGUCCCUUUCCCAAGUCCGCCCGUGCCAUCUACUACCAAAAUGACUCGGUCGUUGCGCGACCUGGGUACUUUGCCCUAACGCUGACGAAUGGUAUACAUGCUGAAAUGACUACUACGCAGCAUGCGGCGCUGUUUCGGUUCCAGUUUCCUGAUACAGGGCAGGAGAAGUUGAGUCCAAUGGUGUUGUUGGAUUUGACGGAUUUGUGGGAGAGUAGGCAGAAUGCGUCGAUUAGUGUGGAUGAGCACACGGGGCAGAUGAAGGGGAAUGGGACGUUUCUGCCGAGUUUUGGGGCUGGGGAGUAUGUCUCGUAUGUAUGUGCGGAUUUUGCGGGGGCGAGUGUGAGGGAUACCGGGGUUUGGGUGAAUGAUGCGGGUGGAGUGGAGAGGAAGGAGUUGUUUGUUACGAGGGGGUUUAAUAAUUUUUAUCUUCAGGCGGGUGGGUUCGUGAGGUUUGAGAGGCCUGACAAUGGGACGGUGAGUGUGAGGGUUGGGGUGAGUUAUAUUAGUACGGAGAAGGCGUGCGAGAAUGCAAGAAUGGAAAUUCCUAGUCCGUUGGAGGACUUCGAUGCUAUACGAGCAGCUGCAGAGGAUGCCUGGAGGGAGAAAUUGAGCCCUGUUGCGAUGAAGCCGGGGAAUGCGAGUGCUGCGCUGCAGACCAUGUUCUGGACGGGCACUUAUAGGACUAUGCUGGAUCCGCAGGAUUUGACGGGGGAGAAUCCCCUCUGGGAGAGCGAUGAGCCCUACUUUGAUUCUUUCUAUUGCAUCUGGGACGCCUUCCGGGCCCAACACCCCCUUCUCACCAUCAUCGACCCCCACACUCAAUCCCGCAUCAUCCGCAGUCUCCUCGACACCUAUCGCCACGAAGGCUGGCUCCCGGACUGCCGCAUGAGUCUCUGCAAGGGCUGGACCCAGGGCGGCUCCAAUGCAGACGUGGUCCUCGCCGACGCCUUCGUCAAGAACCUCACAGGCAUCGACUGGGAUCUCGCCUACGAGGCAAUGGUCAACGACGCCGAGAACGAGCCCCUGGAAUGGUCCUACCAGGGCCGAGGGGGGCUCCAGAGCUGGAAGAACCUGAACUACAUCCCCUACCACGACUUUGACUACCUAGGUUUCGGCACUAACUCGCGCAGCAUCUCCCGGACCCUGGAAUACGCAUACAACGACUUUUGCGUGGCGACUGUUGCCCGCGGACUAAACAAAACAGACGAUUACUUGAAAUAUCUAACUCGAUCGACAAACUGGAAGAAUCUAUUUAAACCUGACCAACGCUCCUUCUUCCCCAAUGGCUCGGAUACAGGUUACGUCCCCCACGACCUCCCCACCCUAAUAACCCACUACCUCUCCGGACCCCAAGCAUUCACAUCCCGCCUGACCACCUUCCACUCCACAGCUCUAGCAGACUACAGCAACGAGCCCGUCUUCCUAACCGUCUACCAAUACCACUACGCCUCGCGACCCGCCCUCUCCUCGCGACUCAUCCACAGCUUAAUCCCUUCGCAAUUCAAUGCCUCUCGCUCCGGGAUCCCGGGAAACGAUGACUCGGGGGCAAUGGCGGCGUUCACGGUGUUUGGCCUCAUGGGCCUGUUUCCGAAUCCCGGUCAGAGUGUGUAUUUGAUUUCGGCGCCGUUUGUGGAGGAGGUCAGCGUGAAGAAUGCACUUACGGGGAGGGAAGCGGUGGUGAGGGUGAAGAAUGAUGCAGGGGUUGGGGUGGGAGGGACCGUGGUGAGGAAGGCGUGGUUGGAUGGGGAGGUGUAUGCGAGGAGUUGGAUUGGGCAUGAGUUCUUUGUGAAGGGGGGAGUGUUGGAGGUUGAGCUGGGGGAUGAAGAGGAGGAAAAUAGAGAUGGUGAUGUUGUGUGUACAGGAGAGUAA